GCGGGCAGGAGACCUCCCGUAAACAGGGAAGGGAUGAUGGACAAAAUAACCAAGGAGGGAAUGGCAGUGUUGGCGGUGGUUCAGCGGGACAAAGUUCCCAAGAUCAGGGGCAGUUCCAGCCGCAGGGUGGACGAGGCCGCGGUCGAGGCCGCGGGAAUGGACAAUGAAGCCAUUGGGCAUUGCAGCAGGAGGUCACGUGUAACUAUUGUGCAGAAAAUGUGUCAUAUUAUACGGUUUUGUCAACUUCUAUCAAAAGAUGAGAAGGAAGGGAAAGUCUUCACCACGAUACGUGGUGAAGUCUUCGAUUACGAAGGGAAUCUGAUCGACCCCAACAUUGAAGGGGGUAUGAGGAACGAGGCGUUUCACCGAAUGGGUCGUUCCCUUCCGGCUACGUUCCGGACUGCCUCCCCAAAAGAAGCGUGGUUGGCAAAGAUUGAGGAGGCCAUGACAUGGCUGGCUAUCCCUAUUAGUGGAAACGAGGAGGAUAACGAGGAUGAGAGCUUGCGGGCCGAAGAGGACGAACGGGCUCGUCGACGCGCGCUAGAAAGAGAUCCUGAAAAAAGGAAGGUCGAGGUAAGCGAGGAGGAGCCACGUAAAAAGAAGAACAUUUACUCAAUCCCCGUGGAGCACGGGAUCGAUAUUGAGCGACUUAUUGAUAAUAUCCUGGAAAGUCAACGCGACUUGGUCACGUUGAAGGAAAUUUUGGUGGUGUCACCAAAGAUUCGAGAGGAAUUUAAGCAGCGAAUGACUCGCAAGAGAGUCAUAAGAGUUAAGCUCGACGAAGUCAUUCCGCACGAGGCUAACUGGUCCCCACCUGGGACAAAGAUGGAUUGACGAAGUGUGUCGACCGGCCUGAAGGUCCAGAUUGGACAACAGGAGUAUUCGACGCUCGUGGACAAUGGGGCCGAGAUGAACAUCAUUCGCGAGCGUCAUGCCAUCGAGGCUGGAUUGAAAAUCAACUGAGAUGACUAUG